AUGCAUCAUGAAACUGAUAUUAAUGAAAAAGAUCUUCAACGUGCAUUAUUACCAUUAGCAAUGGGUAAACCAAGUCAACGUAUAUUUAUUAAAGACUCUAAAACAAAAGAUAUUAAAUCAAACGAUAGAUUUACUAUUAAUGAUUCAUUUACAUCAAAAUUAUAUCGUGUAAAAAUAAACCCAAUCACACCUAAAACUGAAAGUGAUCCUGAACGACAAGAAACUCGAAAUAAAGUUGAAGAUGAUCGAAAACAUGAAAUUGAUGCAGCUAUUGUACGUACAAUGAAAACAAGAAAAACAAUGUCACAUACACAAUUAAUUGCUGAAGUUUCUCAUCAACUCAAAGCACGUUUUAUGCCCAGUCCUGGUUUUAUAAAGAAACGAAUUGAAAGUUUAAUUGAACGAGAUUAUUUAUCACGAUUAUCCGACGAUAGAUAUAAUCCUAUCGUUGGUUUUAGACAAAUGGCGUUAACAUCAGUUUAUCCAACUAAACUUUCAUCAAAUGAUAAAGAAAAAUUAGAUAAAUUAGUAAAAGAUUUAAAUAAAGUUGAAUGGGAAACUGGUGAAUAUUAUUUUCAUAAUUUUGUUGAUUAUUAUCAAUUACCUCAAAUAAUACGUGUUGAACAAGGAUGGAAUACAAAUUUGGCUAAAAAUCAAUGGAUGUACGUAGAUACAUUAUUUGAUCGUUAUUUAAUUAUUGCUUCACCAUUAUCAUCAUCGGGUAAAACUGGUUCAUCAAAACAAAAGUAUCUUAUACCAGAUUGGUUUCAAGGUGAAUCUCGUAUAUUAUCAAAAACUCCAAUACUUAAAAAACGUUGGUGGAUUUUCCAAGGUACAUUUGAAUUAUACCGAUUUGAUUUACCACGUUCAAUAAAAGUUCUUGCUGAUACACCAGCACAUAUGCGUAAAAAAGAAGCAUCAUCAACUCAUGAAUGGGAUAAAAUCGUUUUACGAAAAAAUGCUCGUCUUAAUGUUGUACGUCGUGAACAAUAUCAAUCACGUAUUAAAAAUGAUAAAGGUGAAUUAAUAGCAAGUGAACCAAAAGAAGCAUUUGUAAUUCAAGAUCCAGCAACUGGUCAUGAAUUUAUUUUACCACCUGGUGUACCAUUACGUUUUGCAACAUUAAUCGAAGAUCAUGAAUUACAUUCACAAUAUAAAAGUCAUGAAGGAACAUUUACAUUUCCAGAAAUCAUGAUGCGUUAUGAUUUUCCACUUGAUAUUGAAAUAACAACACAUUUACCUGUUGAUGUACCCGAUUUUAAACCACAAGUUAGAUUAGAAAAAUUCUGUGUUGCAAAAUCUGUUAUAGGUUUUCUUUUUGGUCAAGAUCAAGCAAAAUUAAUUGAACUUUCACCAUUAACACAAUUUACAUUACAUUGUGCUAAAUGUUUAACAUUUGGUUUACCACGUGAAGGUGAAAAUACUGAACCAGAUAAAAAAAAAGAAGAAAAAUUUGAUGAAAAAGAAUAUCAACGUUAUGAAGAUAUAAGAAGUAAAAUAAAUAUUAUUUUUGAUGAUACAGCAGAACUUCAUAGAAGUAAAAUUCAAUUAGCACAACCCGACGAGAUUGAUUGUGUUGAAACAGCUUUUGAAAUAAGUGUAAAAAUGAAAAAUGAAGAAGAUCGACCAGUGGACACGGCUUAUUUUACAUUAGAAGAAGCAAUUAAAGUUGUUAAACAAAUAAAAGAUGAAGUUCCAUUUCCUAAACCACAACCGAAACGAUUUACUGUUCAUGCUAGUGCUGAUCCAAGCAAUCCAUACAAUGAAGUUAUUGAUUUUGAAGAUGUGGAGGCACUAAACGAACCUAUCGAACCAACUCCACCUGAAGCAUCAAAAAAAGAAAGUUCAAAAUCGAAAUCAUCAUCGAAAAAAUCAUCACGUGAUAAACCUCAACAACCAACAAAUCAAUCAAGUAAACGUCCUGCUCUUGUUGUCCAACAGUUGCCACCACCAAUAGUUUUACCACCUGAAGCAUUCGAAAAAACUGUCAAAGCCAUUCCGGAUAAACUCUAUACGAAUUUUAUUCCAGCUACUGUUCUAAAAAAAACGGAUAAAAAAGAAAAGGAUAAAGACAAAGACAAAGAAAAAGAAAAAGGCAAAGAAAAAGAUACUGAAAAAAAAUCAAAAAAAAGUCAUAAAUGA